AUGACCAGCAAGGAUACCGCACAACCCACUAAGAAGAUGCCGUACGUUCGGCUAGGCAACUCCGGCCUCAAAGUAUCCAGGAUCAUCCUCGGGGCUAUGUCCUACGGAAGCUCCCAGUGGCUGAACUGGGUGAUCGAGGAUGAAGACGAGGUUGCUCGCCAUAUCAAAGCAGCGUAUGACCUCGGGAUCAACACAUUCGACACGUCCAACAAUUACUCAAAUGGCUUGUCGGAAAUAUUGCUCGGAAAGACCAUCAAGAGACUUGGUCUGCCUCGAGAUGAGAUUGUCGUCAUGACGAAGCAUAUCUUCGACUCGGUCAAGCACAGUCUCGAGAGACUACAGUUGGACUACAUUGAUGUCUUGCAGUGCCAUCGAUUCGACUACGAGACGCCUAUCGAAGAGACAAUGCAAGCUCUUCAUGAUGUUGUCAAAGCAGGAUACGUCCGUUACAUCGGCAUUAGCUCGUGCUGGGCCUACCAGUACUAUGCCAUGGCGAACAAGCUUACGCCCUUCAUAUCAGUGCAGAACCACUACACGCUCCUAUACCGCGAAGAGGAACGUGAGAUGUACCCGACCUUGAAGAUGUUUGGCGUCGGCACAAUCCCCUGGUCUCCCCUGGCCAUGGGUCUGCUCGCUCGGCCACUCUCCGAGCAGACCACCAAACGAUCGACUCCAGACUGGUACAGAUUCAUCGGCCAAUUUUCCGAACAGGGCGGUGCAGAAAUAAUCAAUCGUGUGGAGGAGGUCGCGAAGAAACGAGGUAUCAGCAUGGCUCAAGUCAGCAUUGCCUGGCUUCUCUCCAAAGAGGGAGUCACAGCGCCUAUCGUCGGCACAACCAGCUUGAAGCACCUGUACGACAUCGCAGACGCUGUACACGUCCAGCUUACGCGGGAGGAGAUCAAGUACCUCGAGGAGCCUUAUAAGCCCCAGGCCGUAUGGGGCCACGCCUGAGAUUAGGCUGGUGCAAGUGCAUCCAUACGCAGACUCGGGAUACACUUCGGGCACUGGAAUGUUGUGUAUUUGGGAGACAGCAUCAGUUAUCGCACCACGCCCGAUAAGACCAGUGAAGAUACGACUCCUGCACUAAGCCGAGCCAGUAGCGUUACAGGGCCCUGGCAGGCCCCUCUCGCUGAGCACGUUGACACACUCGUACCCCGGCGCUGUCCCGUUCACAGGCUGGACGUCGAAGUUGACGAAAUCGAUAUUCGGACACGGUGCGUUCGCGCUGCACUCGAUGUCCACCACCUUGCUCCUCAACG